CUUCCACUGAGUGGCCAGCGGAUCCUAUUGCUGACAUACAUAGACUUAAUCAAAGCAACUCAAAGACAUUGGUUGUUCUUGAUGAUGACCCAACUGGAACCCAGACAGUUUAUGACAUAGAAGUAUUGACAGAAUGGAGCGUUGAGUCCCUAGUUGAGCAGUUCAGAAAAAGACCUAUGUGCUUCUUCAUUUUGACUAACUCCAGAUCUCUCAAUUCUGAGAAGGCGAGUACAUUGAUCAAGAAUAUUUGCAGUAACCUCCAGACUGCAGCUACAUUAGUUGAGAAUAUUAACUACUCUGUGGUUUUGAGAGGUGAUUCAACGUUACGUGGUCAUUUUCCAGAGGAAGCCGAUGCGGCUGUUUCAGUUCUAGGAGAGCUGGAUGCCUGGAUCAUUUGUCCCUUUUUCCUUCAAGGAGGCCGCUACACCAUUGAUGACAUUCACUAUGUUGCAGAUUCUGAAUGGCUUGUUCCUGCUGGAGAGACUGAGUUUGCUAAAGAUGCUGCCUUUGGCUAUAAAUCCUCAAACCUACGCAAGUGGGUAGAAGAGAAGACAGCAGGUCGUAUCCCUGCCAGUAAUGUUACAUCAAUUUCUCUCCAACUCUUGAGGAAAGGUGGACCUAAUGCUGUUUGCGAGCAUCUUUGUAGCGUGGUGAAGGGGUCCACAUGUAUAGUUAAUGCAGCUAGUGAAAGAGACAUAGCUGUGUUUGCAGUUGGGAUGAUCCAGGCAGAAUUAAAGGGAAAAUCUUUCUUGUGCCGCACUGCUGCUAGUUUUGUCUCUGCACGGAUAGGGAUUGUUCCUAAAGCUCCAAUUUUACCAAAAGAUUUAGGACUUAGCAAAGAAAGGAAGGGUGGAUUGAUAAUUGUGGGAUCAUAUGUUCCUAAGACAACAAAACAGGUUGAAGAGCUCAGGUCACAAUGUGGACAAGUUUUACGAGUUAUUGAGGUUUCUGUUGAUGAAGUUGCCAUGAAGUCAUCAGAGAAGAGGGAGGAGGAAAUCAAAAGAGCAGCUGAAAUGGCAGAUAUUUUCCUUCAUGCUUCUAAAGACACUCUAAUAAUGAGUAGUCGGGAGCUCAUCACUGGAAAAACUCCUUCUGAGAGUCUGGAAAUCAAUUUUAAAGUGAGCUCUGCAUUGGUGGAAGUAGUCAGGAGGAUAACUACAAGACCACGUUACAUUCUUGCAAAGGGUGGAAUCACAUCAUCAGAUAUUGCCACGAAGGCACUGGAAGCAAAAAGUGCCAAAGUAGUCGGACAAGCCCUUCCAGGUGUUCCCCUGUGGCAGCUAGGUCCUGAAAGUAGGCAUCCUGGAGUUCCUUACAUUGUUUUCCCUGGUAAUGUUGGUGACAGUAAAGCACUGGCAGAAGUUGCCAGAUCCUGGGCUUGCCCUGCCAGACUUUUAUCGACAAAAGAGCUCCUCCUUAAUGCUAAAAAUGGUGGAUAUGCCAUUGGAGCAUUCAAUGUUUACAAUAUGGAAGGAGUAGAGGCAGUUGUUGCUGCUGCAGAGGAAGAAAAUAGUCCUGCCAUUUUACAGAUUCAUCCUGGUGCCUUAAAGCAAGGAGGCAUUCCAUUGGUUGCAUGUUGUGUUUCUGCUGCCGAGCAGGCCAGGGUUCCCAUCACUGUUCACUUUGAUCAUGGAACUUCAAGGCAGGAGCUGAUGGAGGCUCUUGAGUUGGGAUUUGAUUCAGUAAUGGUGGAUGGUUCGAAUCUCCCUUUCAAGGAUAACAUCUCAUAUACAAAGGGCAUAUCAUUAUUGGCCCAUUCAAAAGGUAUGCUAGUUGAGGCUGAACUAGGGAGAUUGUCAGGAACAGAGGAUGACUUGACUGUUGAAGUUGAAGCAAAGCUGACUGAUGUUAACCAGGCACAAGAAUUUAUUGGUGAGACUGGUAUUGAUGCUUUGGCUGUGUGUAUUGGAAAUGUCCAUGGAAAAUAUCCUGCAACAGGACCAAAUCUCAGACUCGAUUUGCUUAAGGAUUUGCAUGAUUUGAGUUCAAAGAAUGGUGUUUUUCUGGUGCUUCAUGGAGCCUCUGGUUUGCCUCCGGAACUUAUCCAGGGAUGUAUAGAGCAAGGUGUGAGGAAGUUCAAUGUCAAUACUGAGGUGCGGAAGGCUUACAUGGAUGCACUGAGUAGCCCCAAGACUGACCUGGUUCAUGUUAUGGCAGCUGCAAAAGAUGCUAUGAAAGCUGUGGUUGCGGAGAAGAUGCAUCUGUUUGGCUCAGCAGGAAAAGCAUGAUAACUUAUGCCAAACUGAAAAGAGAAAAAAAAAUCUUUACAUGAUAUAAGCUUUUCUUUUUGUUACGAGAAAUAUUGAGAAUAAAAUAUAGAGAAAAAAAAAUCUUUACAUAAUAAAUUUUUUUUUUCUGUUGUGAGAAGUAUCGAGAAUAAAAGAAAAUGAAAAAGAACUCUAUUAGGAUUUUUCAAA